AUGGCUCUGUUCAUGAUCAGCUGCUGCCUGCUCGUAUUUUCGUCGCUAAUAGUUAUCGAUGGAGCUCGAGUUAUGAUCAAUCGCUCUGCCCGCGAUACUACUGCGAUCAAUGGUACUACUAGUAGCAGAGCUUCUUCCCUCAACAGAAGGAGCUUCCCUGCCGGUUUCAUAUUCGGCACGGCUUCCUCGGCAUACCAGAUUCGAACCAACAACGAAUGCACAAUAAAAUGCACUGUAUAUGUUGAUUCAUCAGAUGGAAAGUUGAGUGGAGGAGUGAACAAAGAAGGAGUGAAGUAUUACAACAAUCUCAUCGACGAACUCCUCACAAAUGGGAUCCAGCCCUUCGUGACUAUCUUUCACUGGGAUCUCCCUCAAGCUCUGGAAGCAGAGUACAAGGGUUUCCUUAACCCUCGUGUCGUGAGUGAUUUUCGGGACUAUGCGGAAGUAUUGUUCAAGGAGUUUGGGGACAAGGUGAAGAACUGGAUCACAAUCAACGAGCCACUGAGCUACAGCGCCGCAGGGUAUGCGUAUGGCUAUCUUGCACCGGGGAGGUGCUCCAGUUGGGUGCCCAUGAACUGCACUGGCGGAGACUCGUCAACUGAGCCUUACAUCGUCGGCCACCACAUCCUCCUCUCUCAUUCCGCCGCCGUCGAUUUGUACAAGCAGAAAUAUCAGGUAGAACUCAAAUUCCUCCGCCGUGCAGGCGGCGUUGAGCGGCGCCGCUGUUGCUCUGACUCGAAUCACGGUGUUGGUGAAAGUGAGCGCGACCACGAUGCCGACCGCGGCGAGGCGAGAGGCAACGCGUUCCACGAGUUUAUUGAGGCGAGCGUGGGCAAGGCAGAAGGGUCAGAUAGGGAUCACACUGGUGUCUCCAUGGAUAACCGUAAUGGAGUCUCAAUUGGACCAAAACGACGACAUUUUGGUUUUAACAUAAAGACCGUUAUUAUGUCUGUAUUCUUGAUACCAGGGAUUGAUGAGCUCAAUAACGACCAGGUGCUACCGCCGGCCGAAGCUCUCCAAGACAAAAUGAGGAUCCGUUAUCACCGCCGGCAUCUGUAUUACCUCCAGAAAGCGAUCCGGUAA